UUAUUAAAAGUAAUACAUAGUAUUUAAUAAUAAAAAUUAAUUAUAAACAUUUUUAUAAUUAAGUACUACAUAAUUACAUAUUUAGCUUAAUACGAGAGGUAUUUUUUCUCUCGUUCUCUCAAUAAUUUUUUUUACUAACCUCACUCUUGUGUUGUUGGUAAGAGGCAAUCUAAAUGAUAAUAAAAAAAUAGAAAUUUUAUAAAAAUUUUUCAACAGAGAAAGCAAAAAUGAUUUCAAGAUUCUUUUGUAAUGCUUUAAAGAGCAAGUUAACGCAGGGUAGUGGGCAUAAUUUAAUUAAUUUACCAAAGUCAUUUGUAAAUGACAUAAAAUGUAUUCAACCUCAUUCUCUUAUCAAUCAUUCUGCAAUUCAACAUCCACGUUUCAACUCGACACUUAUUUCGUCGAUGCAUUUUCCCAUAAAAACUAACAGUAGUUGGUCUAAAUCGACAACUACUCUUCCCAUUUUUAAUUCUGUAAAUACAAAUCUAAAAUUGCAGUCACCAGCCCGAGGUAUUAUUAGAUACAAUAGAAGUCGUGGAAAACGCGGAAUAGUGAGAACAGUGUUAAAACGUUUUUUCCGAUUAAACUGGGGUAUAUGGAUCAGGACCAGAUCUGCAAGGCAUAGAAAAAUAUGGACAAAGAAGCAGGCGAGAAUCAAACGUUUACGUCGGCAUGUAUUUACUAAUGCUUCUCAGUCAUGGAUGCUGGAUAAAAUGGUAUCACCAUAUUUUAGAAAACCAAAGUAUUGGGUGGAUGAUCCUUACAAUCCUUACCAUUCACGAGAGAAUUUUUGGACAACUAGAACAAAACCACUGCCUUAAUUUGAAUAAUCUGUAAUUAGAAAUUUUGUUCAAACUUUUUAUGGCAAAAUGGGAUGGAUCGUUUUGAUUAAAUACUAUCACUAGUUUA